CAGAACGCUAGCACACUGGUGCUUUCCAAAGCUCUCGGCUCAAGUCAUUCACAUGUGCCAAAGCUCCCCGCCUCACAACCAUUGACGACGGCGCGGUUUAUCGACCUUACCCCUUCUACCUGAAUACGCAACCUCGCCCUUGAGGAUAUCGAACCUUGUCGCGAGAAGCUUCAGAGUGUGGCUCGACUGCAAACGCGGCUCUCAGCCUCAAGGCGAAUCCGAGCCCGCCGGCUAUGACGCAGCACCUCUUCAUGCAUGGCAGCUUUUGGCGAGUAGCAACCACCAGCGACAGACUGUGGAUAGCCACCACCAGCAUGCUAAUACUGCAGCAGAUACUCCCUGGCUAGAUCAUAUGUCCACCCCUUCACGCUCCGCCAACGAUGCGUCGCCGCAGCCCACCGCCGACCCGAACCCGCCCACCUACGCUGCCUUCUCACCGUCCACCCUGGGGCAAGCUACUCCCCAGACGAAGCUUCGUUCCGCGAUACUAGUGCAUCAGAAAUCGCCGCUGCUGGCUGCUACCCCUCCGCAAAUUACGCGAGUCCUUGCGUAUUCCCAUCCGUUUAUACUUCCGCUGAACAAGUUCGUCGGAUUGCUAACAUGGACGACUGGCGACCCGUGGGAGAGCUUCCUGUUGGUGGCCAGCUUUUGGGCGGUGGUGGUGUACGGAGACGUCAUCACACGAUACGCGGGGCCUAUCAUAGUAGUACUAGGUCUAAUACUGGGCAUGUAUACGCGGAGAUACUCCCCGCUUUCCUCGACCUCGUUCACUGGCGAGAAAGGGCAGAAGGGGCAUAGCAGAGCGCAGUCAGAGAGCAGCAUCAAACACCACAAGAGCUUGGAAGAGAUUGUGGACACCUUGAAGCUGCUCACUUCGCGGUGCAAUAUCCUGCUUGAUCCCUUUCUUCGCCUGACCGACUUUCUCUCGACGCAAAGGACUGCGACUUCGGCGACGACGAGGCCUGCGUUGACUCUCCUUUUCAUCCGGAUACUAUUCGUCUUGCCGAUAUGGAUCAUUCUGACCCUUCCGCCUUUCUACAUCCUUACGACGAAACGGGUAGUGCUCGCGGUUGGUACGGUAGUUCUCAGCUGGCACUCACGCCCAGCACGGGUGUCUCGUACAAUCCUUUGGCGAUCGAGGAAUGUGCGGAGAAUAUGUGCCUUUAUUACAGGGCUAAACUUUGGAGAUGUGCAGCUGGAGACCCAAGAUGGAGCCCCAGCUUUACCUCCUCGGAGAAAGAGCGCGCAGGAGAUAGCUGCAUCUCUCGCCGCGAAACGGCGGCCCGACUCACCUGGUGUACGCUUCACCUUCAGUAUCUACGAGAAUCAAAGACGAUGGUUAGGCAUUGGAUGGACAUCGUCUAUGCUAGCCUACGAACGCGCGGCCUGGACUGAUGAGCAUUUGAAUUCCGUGCCACCUAAGGAUCAGUUUGAGCUUCCUGAAGUUGAAGGAGGCCAGGCAAGGUGGAGAUGGGUCCAGGGAAGCGAGUGGAAAAUUGAAGGCGCCGAGAAAGAUGGAAAGGGGAAGGCGGCCUCUGACGGGGAUGCUGGGUGGAUAUACUAUGACAACAAGUGGAGAGACGGCCGAAGAGGGCAAGAUGGCUGGGGCCGCUACACCCGCCGACGAAAAUGGUACCGCGAUGCCGAGCUCGUCGAAGUAACUCCCUCCACGGAAGUCACACCCAUCCCAACUCCCAAGCUAGACCCCGUCUCCGACCCAACAGAGCCAUCAACUCCUACACCUCUAGCCAAAGUAUCCUCCAACACAAGCACCGUUGCAAGCACCGACCCUACGCUCGCAAAUGGCUCAGAGUAUGCACCCUCUACAACAUCUGAUACAGACGCAGCCAGCACUAAGUCGAAGCGAGGCUGGUUCAAGAAGAAGCGAAGAAGUCGCAGUCGAGGAGGCAGCGAUACUGCUGCUACAAUAGCGAGCUCGACGAGCACAAAUCUCAGCCGGAGGAGUGAUGAGGACGAUGUACAUACGCCGCUAGAGAGAACGACUAGAGAGGACGAGUGGCGACUCAGCGACGAUAUUAGGAUGCAGUUGGACAUUUGAUUUACAACGCUUACGGCGGCUCUGUGUUUUGCGUUAUGUGUACAACUAACGGCGCCUUCACCGGAUCAUAGGCAGGCGUUCGGGAGUCAAGCGGGAUGGGACAGUGCUGAUCUUUGUGCUCAGGCCGCGGGAUACAUUGGGAUGGGAACCCACUUUAGCUAAUGUUUAGGCGAUAGUUACUGUUCUUUCCCACGCUGCCUUUGA